AGGGGCGUGUCUAGGCGCUCUGAGUGUGUCAGUUUGUCGGGGCUGUGCGCCAUUUGGCUAAAAGUGUGAAGGGAAAGCGUACGCCUUUCAGGACCGCAGCCGUCUAGUCUCAUGUCCGUGUCUCAGCAUGGCCUGUGAGCUCCGGCCGUGGGAGCCGACUCACAGCCCGCUGCCCGCUCAGGGUCCAGACCCCCGGCUCAGCUGAGACCACAACCCCACCACGUCCUCCUUACCUGACACGACCAUGUUCCUCGCCCCGCCGCGGCCUGCUAAUGGCUCCAGCUCGGAUACCUCGCUGGCGCCCCCGAGGGAUGAGGCGGACAGUCGGCCUGAGGAAUUCCGCCGCCGCCGGCACACCAUGGAUAAGGACAAGGCCGAGCACCGCUUCUUCCGCCGCAGUGUCAUCUGCGACUCCAAUGCCACGGCCCUGGAGCUUCCCUCCAACCAGUGCAUCUCCCCGCCGGACUCCGUCGUCUGCCUCCCGGUGGUGCCCGUGCUGUCCCGGCCUGAGGAGGCAGUAGACAACGUCCAGGACUCGGUAGAGGCCGCAGCCCCGCCGCCGGCUCCUCCAGAGGCCCCGGAGUCCCGGCUGCCCCGCUCUGUUCCUGAGGAGAGACACCUGGAUGAUAACGAGGAGCUGGAGACCAAGGCGGUGGGCUUUUCCCCGGACGGACGCUUCCUCAAGUUCGACAUAGAGAUCGGAAGAGGAUCCUUCAAGACCGUGUACAAGGGGCUGGACACGGAGACAACAGUGGAGGUGGCCUGGUGCGAGCUGCAGGACCGUAAGUUAUCCAAGUCUGAACGUCAGCGCUUCAAGGAGGAAGCUGGGAUGCUCAAGGGUCUUCAGCAUCCGAAUAUCGUCCGCUUCUAUGAUUCCUGGGAGUCUACCCUGAAGGGAAAAAAGUGCAUUGUAUUGGUUACUGAGCUGAUGACCUCGGGGACUCUGAAGACAUAUCUGAAGAGGUUCAAGGUGAUGAAGCUGAAGGUCCUGCGCAGCUGGUGCCGUCAGAUCCUGAAAGGGCUGCAGUUCCUGCACACUCGGACCCCCCCUAUCAUUCACAGAGACUUGAAAUGCGACAACAUUUUCAUUACUGGCCCCACCGGCUCUGUGAAGAUCGGAGACCUGGGGCUGGCCACCUUGAAGAGAGCGUCCUUUGCCAAGAGUGUCAUAGGUACCCCUGAGUUCAUGGCGCCUGAGAUGUAUGAGGAGAAAUACGAUGAGUCCGUAGAUGUGUAUGCAUUCGGGAUGUGCAUGCUUGAGAUGGCCACUUCUGAAUACCCCUACUCCGAGUGCCAAAAUGCUGCGCAGAUCUACCGGAGAGUUACCAGUGGUGUGAAGCCGGCUAGCUUUGAUAAGGUUGCCAUUCCAGAGGUGAAAGAGAUCAUCGAGGGAUGCAUCCGGCAGAAUAAAGAUGAAAGGUACGCCAUCAAGGACCUCCUGAACCAUGCAUUCUUCCAAGAGGAGACUGGGGUGCGAGUGGAACUGGCAGAAGAAGAUGAUGGAGAGAAGAUCGCUAUCAAACUAUGGCUACGCAUUGAGGACAUCAAGAAGUUAAAAGGCAAAUACAAGGAUAACGAGGCCAUAGAAUUCUCCUUUGAUUUGGAGAGGGACGUCCCUGAUGAUGUAGCCCAAGAAAUGGUGGAAUCUGGCUUUGUCUGUGAAGGAGAUCACAAAACCAUGGCCAAGGCUAUCAAAGAUCGUGUGUCGCUGAUCAAACGCAAAAGAGAGCAGCGGCAGCAGGUGCGGGAGGAACAGGAAAAAAGGAAACUAGAAGAGAGCGCCUUGCAGAAACAGGUGCAGCAGACUGAUGUGCAGCCCCAGAGUCCCCCUACGGGCACUGUUAAAGCCUCCACAGCACAGGCAGUCUCUGGUCCAGCCACGACUGCGUCCACAACUGUGCCAAUCACUGCCACGUCCCAAGUAGAGCCGGAGGAGCCCGAGGCUGAUCAGCAUCUGCAGUAUCAGCAGCCCACUAUAUCCGUGACAUCGGAUGGCACUGUUGACAGUGGUCAGGGGUCCUCUGUGUAUUCGGAGUCACGACUUGGCAGUCAGCUAACGGUCUCCUACAGUUCUCCACAGGACCUAGGGGUCUCCUCCACUGUUGCAUCCAGCUACAGCACCGCAAGCCUCCAGCCUCAGACAGGUGGAUUCAGCACAUCUGUGGGGCCACGCCGGGGUCGUAGCAUGUCAGUGUGUGUCCCCAUCCUCUCCUCCACCCCUCUCCUACCUUCCUCUUCCCCCAGCACUCCUCCAUCUGCCCCCUCCUCUCCUUGCUGGACGUCCCCUGUGGAAUCCUUUGCUGAAAAGCUUUCCAAGGCUCUAGAAAGCGUCUUGCCCAUGCACUCCAGCAGCACCCGCAGGCACCAGCGGCGAUGCAGCCUGCCUACCCUCUAUACCAGCCCUCCACAAUCCAUGGCGCAUCCAACACACCCAGACUCUCCACUAUAUUUUCCAACUAUUCAUGAGCGCCCCAUUUCGUUUUCUCCACCUCCAACCUUCUCGUCCCCAAAGUUGUCCAACACUCAAAGAAGAAAGAGCACAUCUUUCCUCGAAUCGCAGGCUCGCCACCACGGACAGUCUCCUUCGAGAACUCUUGGGCCAAGUCCCCUCCUGGACUCAAGUCGCAAGUCAGACGUGAAGAGCACGCAGCGAAAAACUCCCCUCAAAUCUGCUGAAAGCAAUCACAGGCAACAAAGUUUUGAUGGUCAUGGGUUUGUAGAGGGAAGGUCAGGUACAGCAGUAGACUCCCAGAUGAGACCUGCAGAGACCAUAUAUCUGGCUAGCCUGCCUUAUAAUAUACAGACUGAGGCUUACAGCACCGCUGCAGCAUCCAGCCAUCUGAAGGAUUCCAUGAGAGCACAAGUUGGCUCAGUGUAUGAUUAUCAGACUGGUCAAACCUACCUUGCUCGCCCAAUUCUCAAACUGCAAACUGGCAUGAACCAGCCAUCUCCUAUGGGCAGUAUGUCUGCUCCGGUGACCGCUGAGCCUCAUAUCAUGUUCCAUCAGGUAUUCAUGCCGCAGUCUGCACCUCCAGUUCUCGUUCAAGGCACUGAAGGGCACCAUGGGUGCGUAUUUGAGUUUCAUGUGCAUUCAUCUGGACCUGAGGGUGCGAUGUAUGUGCCCCACCGCGUCUACUGCACCCGUCAUGGUUCUAUUGAGCUAGAGGAGGUCUCUUCUAGUACAUUACUGCAGAACCGUCUCCAGACUGUGACUGAGGAACAGUGCAGCCACCCAGGACUAGAUCCCAUGUCUCCUCUGAUCUGCAAUGGACCUGAAUACUCCAGUGACUCCUCCCAGAGGAAUUCCUCAGACCCGGGAGAAUAUUUGUCUCCUCCUCUUCCUCCAGGAUCCAGCCACAAUUUUGAGAUGCCCAUAAUGUACCCCCAGAAAUUAAUUCAAGAACCACCUGUUGUCUUUUGCUUUCCACAAACCGGAGCGUCCUUUCCUGUUCAGUCGGCGGUCUGUGGCCACCAGGUACCUGGGCAGCCCCUGACUACAUCUGUGCCUGGCGCCCAGACAGCCCCACACUCUCAGAGCGUGCAGCAUCAGCCUUCACUACUCCAUCAGCCAACCCAGUACCAGAUUCCAGCGGCUGUUCCCAGCAUACCGGCCCAGACCCAGCCCAUCAUUACCCAAACCCAAGUGGCUGCCACAGUCCCCCAGCUCCCCGUCUCUCAGCCUUUGCCAGCAGUUCAAGGAGAGUCUUUGGUUCCUGCUCCACCAGCUCCUACUCCCCAGCCUCCUCUCCUCCCUGCCCAGGCUACUUCUGUGCCCCCUCAGUUCUUGCCACUGGCACAGCCAUUAGUGGCUGCCUCUAUUCUGCCCCAGUUCAGUCCCCCCCCACAGCUGCCUGUCACGGUGCCCCCUGCCAUUGUACAAACCGGCUUCCCUGCCAUUCCUAUCCAAAUGUCUCCAGGGUUCGGGCAAACUGUGCCAGGAUUGCCACCCUCUUUAGGUACUCCAGUCCUGUCCUCUGGACAGGCUAUUAUUUUACCUGGCCACAUACCUGCUGUCGCUCUCCAGCCCCAAACACAGGUCCACCCACAACCUGUGUAUACUAUGCCUCCAUCCAUUGGAUUACCAGCCGCCUUGGGACAAGCUUCAGAGCCAGUGCAUCUUCUGGGAGACUCUGCUUACCAGGGCUUCCCAUCUUCUGUUCCAUCCCAAUUCCCUGUAGAGACAGGGCUACCUUCAUCAGUUAUCUCGCCUUCCAUACGCACAGAGUUCCUGCUGCAGCCUGGAUACCAGGGUGGCUUACCACAGCCUUACGUGGAGAGCAGCGUGCUUACUCAAGGGGUCCCUUCAGCUCCACUGUCCGCAGCUCCUCUGCCUCAAUCGCAACCAGUCACAGAGGUUCCCCAGACCACUGCUCAAGCUGUCCCUAUGGAAUCGCAGCCACCACAGACCACGCAGGUGGUUUCUUCUAUGGACAGUGCCCACUCAGAUGUAGCAUCAGGCCUGAGUGAUGGCAACGAGGGAGCUACAGCUUCUAGUGGAAGACAUGAGGGUCGUACCACCAAGCGACAUUACCGAAAGUCAGUACGGAGCCGCUCCCGAAAUGAGAAGACUUCCCGCCCCAAGCUCAGAAUACUGAAUGUUUCUAACAAAGGCGAUCGUGUCGUAGAAUGCCAGCUGGAGACCCAUAACCGCAAGAUGGUCACCUUUAAAUUUGACUUGGAUGGAGACAACCCAGAGGAAAUUGCCACUAUAAUGGUUCAGAAUGUUUUUAUCUUGGCCACAGAAAGAGACUCUUUUGUGGAGCAAGUAAAGGACAUCAUAGAGAAAGCCGAUGACAUGCUGAGUGAGGAUGUCAUUGCAGAACCAGAAGGGGAGCAGGAGGCGGAAAGUUUGCCGAUGAACUACCCAGAAGGCCAGAAACUGGAGGGCAAGUUUAGGCAUCCAAAUCCAGUCUAUUUACCCCAACGGCCAGACCUUGCCCAAAGUCUGAACGCGCAAGUCGUUCACUCUGCUGGAAGACGGUUCAUCGUAAGUCCAGUUCCAGAGAGCAGAUUGCGGGAGCCAGCAUUUUUUAAUGCUCCAUCGCAGGAUCCGCAGCUUACAGUCCCAGUGUCUCACGGUCCCGGGAUGAACCUUUCUCACUCUGCUUCCUCCGUUAGUCUACAUAAUGCCUUUGCAGAGUUGAGACAGGCACAAAUGGCUGAGGGUCCCAGCACGGCUCCGCCAGUGUUUAACCAGACUGGACCCCCCUUCCCACCUUCCCUGACGAAUCUGGCUGGGUCCUUCUCAGCUGCAUUGUCCGGAUUGCCUCCAUCAACUGCAAUCCCCAGCAGCAUGCACUCUGCUGUUCCACAUUCGCUAGAGGAGUCAGUGGUGACUGCUGCUCCAGCAGUUGCUCCAUGGAGUGGUGUGCCAAGCACAGUGCCUCCAAUCACCACUGUGUCUGCUCAGCCACUCACUGUUACAGGGUCGUCAGGUGUAUCUGUAUCCGCAGCCACUCCUGUCCUAGUGUCUUCAUUACCUGCGUUGCCUCUGGUCGUUGGAGUUUCUAUAGCACCCGGAAUUAUGACAUCACCCCCUGAACAGUCGGUUCCUCCUGUGAGCUCCUCUGCACUGCAACAAAACCUCUCUUCUCCUCCAUUGUCACUGCCUCACACCUCAGUGUCUGCUCCAGUCAUCUUGAGCACAGGACAAUCUACCCAAGCCCAGCUAAGCAGCAGCAGUUCUGCUCCAAGCUUUGUGGAAAGUACACCAGUGAAUGUGCCUCACCCAGAGAGCACUAUGAAGCCGGCAGAAGUAUCUGUUGUGACCAGUACAGCAGGCAUGUCCCUCCCCAUAUCCAGUCCACUUACCUAUGCUGCGGUGGAAGCAGCAGGCCUUGCCAUUGCUGGAAAUCCACCUCUCAUCCAUGCAGCGCAUCUUCCCCCUGGCAUUGCAGCAACCCCUGUUUCUCAAGCAGGUGUAGCCGCUUCCACGCCCCUAUCCUCUCAGGUCACAUUGCCAGGAGGUGCACAGUUAGGCCAUCAAGUGCCAAGCGUGCCCCAGCACUCAUUGCCCCUUGUUCAACCUCAGCCAAGCACGGCCCCUAGUCUUCCUCAUGCUCACUCCAUUGAAGGCGACUCUGACAGUGUAACAAAGUCUGGGAUCGAUGAUAUCAAAACCCUGGAGGAGAAGCUGCGCUCGCUGUUUAGUGAACAUGGCAGCGUGGGCACUUCACAUGGUCUCACCCCACAAGAAGCUUCUGGAGGACUCGAAAGUGUUCCCCUGCCUGGACCUCCGGCCACUACCAUCUCAUCCCAGACCAAGCCUACAUCAACUGCACCGCCUUCAAGUUUGCCUUUGGGAUCAUCUGGUGUGCCCAUCCAGAGCCAGGGUGUGACCCCUGGACAAGCUGUUACACCGGUCACUUAUGUCUCUGCCCCAGUCGCUACAGUGACUACAGGGAAAUCCGGGACACCACCUUCUAAGCCCCCACUUAGUAGGGUACCGGUGCUCCCAGCCGGGGUAGAGCACACGGUGGGCAGUCCGCCUGGCGAACCGCUGCCUCCUCUUCCAGGACCUUCACUAACUCAGUCCCAGCAGCCUCUUGAAGACCUGGAUUUCCAAUUGAGACGGACGUUGAGCCCCGACACUGUCCCUGCGUCCUCUGCACCCAACUGUCCUGCACCCCCUGCAGCCCUGACAAGCAUCCCUGCCACUGCCUCAUCACAGCCCCCUGCUGAGGCUCCAGAACCUGUAAAACCUAAGCCAGAAGCGGAGAAGUCUACAGGGGUCCUUAAGAUGGGGCGAUUUCAGGUUACAGUUGCAGCAGAAGAUGUGCUAAAACCAAGCGAGGAGACAAAGUUGCCACCUCUGGAGUCUUCAUCCACCUCCUCCUCUUCAUCCAUGUCUUGCAGCAGCCCAGAGAGCACCAUGGUUAAGUCUCGGCAUGUGGCGUCCGGUUCAUUAGAUAUUGUGGACGGUGUUGAACACCCACAGACGACUGUGCGCAGUUCUUCCCCUAAGCAGUCAGUACAAGUGGGACGGUUCCAAGUGACUACCGAUAAAGUAGGUCGCUUCUCAGUAUCCCGGGCGAAAGAUGAAUUUUCAGCAGGUCUUACGGAUUCAGGACUCCCCCAAUUACAUCUUAAUGGACCUUCCUCUCGCCCUGAAUCAUUGGCCACCCUGAGUGACCCGCCCAGAUCGACUCGCGGUGACAACUUGGGCAGCCCAAUUACACAGAACCCUCUGGGUUCAAAGGUCAGCUUGCAGAGCCUCAGCAACUCCUUCAACUCUUCAUAUAUGAGUAGUGACAACGAGUCUGAUAUAGAAGAUGAGGAGCUGAAGAAGGAACUACGGAGACUACGAGACAAACACCUCAAAGAGAUCCAGGAUCUGCAUAGUCGCCAGAAGAAGGAGAUUGAGCUCUUGUACACUGAUUUAGGAAAAGUGCCCCCUGCGGUUAUUAUCCCACCUGCAACACCCCUCUCUGGACGGAGGAGGAGACCCACAAAGGGCAAAGGCAAUAAAUCCAGCAGAGGGAGCUCUCAUGGGAACCGCACCCCCCACAUGUCAGGUGACCUAUCUACACAGAGUGCUCCGCCUGCAGUACCUCAGCAGCAAAAUCUUCUUCUACCUCCAAGCAAUGUGCCUGAUUCUGGGCGUCUGAAACCUUCACCUUCCAGUGACAUCCUCUGCUCUGCCUUUACCAGUGAAGCUGCGCUGUCUGCACCAAGCUUAUCAGGACAGGGACAAGGCUGGGCCAAGUUUAACUGUGCGUCAGAGCGGGUCUCCUUCAAAGUGGCCGGCAGGAGGACGCGAUUUCUCAGUACGCCCUGCUUGGCUCUUUGGAAGAUGGUGAAAAAAGUCUGUCCUUGCAACCAGCUCUGUAGAACAAGCAGCACCAACACAGUCGCCCCUUCGAAUGCUCCAGCCCAGUCAAACACUGCUCCUGCUUCCUCCUCCAGCCGCAAGGGAACCUUUACAGAUGACCUACAUCAACUGGUGGACAAUUGGGCGCGGGAUGCCAUGAACCUGACAGGGAAAAAGAGCAAGUCUGGACAUCCUAGCUACGAGGGACCUGGAAUGGCAAGAAAGUAUUCUGCCCCUGGUCAGCUGUGUGUGUCUAUAACUCCAUCACUAGGGGUCCCCGUCUCAAUGCCUGCAGCAUCUACCAACUCUUUGGCUCACUUCCCCAAAGGAAUCUGCCCUCAACAGUUUGGCUUCCAAAGCGCACCUUUCCAAACCCAAUGGAGUGGACCUGGCGGGCCACCACCUUCCCAACCUAUUAGCCAGUUUGCCCCAACUGUGACUUCUUCCUUACAAAACUUCAACAUUAAUAACCUUCAGAAGUCCAUGAGUAACUCACAAGGAUCCAACCUGCGGACUACCUAGCAGGAGGAUGGCUUGGUAAUCAUCUGACCAAUUUUUGGUGGAGACACGAGAGAGCUUUCUGCAACCACAAUGCAGCACCUACUUCCUGGCCCCUACAAGCCUCACUAGGACAAGGCCUCUUAUAUUUCUGCACCCUUUUCUCCCCAAAAAGUGGCGAGACUGGUGGCUUAGUUCCAUCCUCCUAGGGUUACAGUGGGCACCCCACAACUGUGGACCAUCGUACACUGGGGUGAUAUCAGAUUGGGGCAGCAGGGAGGCGGAAAGCAUCCUCUCUGCUGUAUGCUAUAGUUCAUUAAUGCUUUCAAUAAAGAACUAUUAACGGCUAUUGACUGCAGCAUUACAAUUGUAUGGAUUAAAAGUAAAUAUAUAAAUAUAAGUAUAUUAAACAAAAAAGUGAUUUAAAAAAAGUUCGAUGAGGACAAUUACUCUGCCAUCAGUUAUGAUGUGGAUACACUGUGAUAUAUAAAUAUAUUUAUGUUGUUGGGCAACAGUAGUAAUAUGAUAAUAAAUAGCAGAAUGUUAGAGGGUUACAGAUGAAGCGGAGCAUCCAGCUCCGACCUCCUCAUCAGUCACUUUAAUAAAAAAAAACAAAAAAAAACAAAUCUUUUUGCUCUGUCCUUUUAUUAGAUUUAAUGUGAAUGUAAAAUUGUACAAAGUUAACUUGAAACCCGUCCCCCAAAUAUUUUCCGCUGCGUAUUUUAGUGCCUUGAGAACCUGGGAGUUUAUUUUUAAGACAUAGGGGAGGAGGUUGGAUUGAGGUCUUUAAUUUUUCCUGGCUCUCUUCAACUGUAUGUAGAGUGGAGGCCGCAGGUGGAUAUUUAGUUGUCACGUAAGUGGUCUGUGUUUUUGGAUGUUUGCAGGGCUGGAGUAAUGUGAGGAUUAAAUCUAUGGCUGAUGGAGGUGCCCUCACCAUGUACUCUCUACUGUUCUGUGUGGUCAUGGGCUUCAGACUGGAGCUUGAGAAAAGUGGUCAAGGAAGUUAGAUGAUAGGUGGUGCUGUUCUUGUGCAAAAGGAUCUUUCCUGUCUUUUACAUUUGUGCAGGGCUUUUCAUCUGGUAAGGUUGUGAAGGUGCGAAGAUGAGAGCAGAGGGUUUUUUGUCCUAAUGCUUGCACAGGAAAGGUUGUGGCACCCAAGCCUCCACCUUAUGUCAGAUUUUACUUCAUGUGGGCAGAAUCUGGGGCAACAUCUAAUACUUGAAACCUCCUUUCUUUUUGUUUUCUGCACUUUGAGAAAGAGAGAUAAUCUGCGAGCAGUAUUAAUUCUGUCAAGUUGCACAGUUCAUUAUGGAGUUUACAGCAGGUUGAUGCAUUGUGCCUGGGCAACAGUAGGAAGACGCAAUCUUGAUCUUCAACCUGUGUUGUCGCUGAUUUGUUUUCGUGUCCGUGACGUUAUCGGUGGUUGACACACUUUCCGUCUAAGUCGCAGCUUCAAUACUUUAAGCUAAACUUAAUGCAAUGUUCUAGGUCGCCCUUGGUUCUGUCAUUUUGUGGUUCUAUGCAACAUGUAGCACUUAGAUCACCAUAUUUACUGCAUUGGGAAAUUAACAUUAGUGGUUAUCUCUCUGCUGUGUUUAGCUCAGUUCUGAUGCUACACGUCUGGUUCCUAUUAGGUGGCUUGACGUUGACAGUUAAGCCCAGACCAGGACGCAUCCAGUAGAUAAGGUCAAAGUGGAGAACCCCUUUAAGCUGGUUAUGUUCUAGAUCCUAAACUGUGAGGGGUUUGAGAACAAGCUGAAAAGGACAUUUUUAUUUUAAGGAAAGUGACUCUGCUACUUGUAGUGAAUGUAUAUCCUUAUCAGGAAAAGGGCUUGUUGUAAUUGACCAUUUGUAGUCUUGAAGUAGUCUGGCAUGUAUCUAGUCAGUAUGGUGCUGGUUAUCUGAAGCUUUCCCAUUCCUGACUUUAUUUCCCUGUGUAGUUCCUCAGUAAGGCAUUUGUAGUGCUCUGGACAUAGCAGGUCCCCCAUUCCAAAGUAAGGCAGCAGCUGGAUUGCAAGGUGUGAUGUGGGGGAGGUGCGGAGGUCAGAUAAGGGAUUACCGUAUUAGGCAGCAGGUUGAUAUUUAUUUUACAUACAUAUUUUAUAUCUUUUUUUUCUUUUCUUCAAGUUUAUUAGGUUUGAGAUCUUUGUUUUUCCUUUUUAAUUUGUGCAUGCUUUGGAUUAUUUUCCACUGAUUUACUUUUUUUAUUUUUUUUAUUUCCUUACUGUGGACACAAUAAUAAAAAUUUAUAUAAAAAAAUGCUACUGAACUCUUACAAGAUAUUUACACACCCCCUGCAUCUACCAUUAAUGAGCCUCUUCUUGGUUUUCCUGACGUUAUUUAACACUGUAUUAAAAAGAAAUAAAUGAGAUUGUGGGAUUCCCUGGAGCUGUGAAUUUUCCCGUUUGCACUUUUGUCCUGCAUCUUUCUGUACAAAAUUGCACUUUUUCUCUUUUUAUCGCCUCUGUAGACUGGUAUUAAAACUAAUAAAGGAAGCCUUAUUUUAAA